AUGGGCUCCCUCCACGACUCCCGCAUACACAAGUGGUUCGCGACAUCGCCUCCAGUCGCAUGGACAGUCAGACAGUUGCGGGAGCUCCUCAUUGGGUCUCUCAAACAAGGUCCAGUUCCACAGCAUGUCGCCUUUGUCAUGGAUGGAAACCGACGCUUUGCGCGCAACCACCACAUUGAGACUGUAGAAGGGCACAAUCUAGGCUUCGAGUCGUUGGCACGAAUCCUCGAAGUCUGCUACAAGACUGGUGUCAAGGUUGUGACUAUCUAUGCCUUUAGCAUUGAGAACUUUAAGCGUUCAAAGCAUGAAGUGGAUGCACUCAUGUCCAUGGCCAAGGUCAAGCUGCAGCAGCUGGCCGAGCAUGGAGCGUUACUGGACCGCUACGGCGCAUCUGUCCGCGUCCUGGGCCAGCGUGAGCUCAUCAGCCCGGAUGUCCUGAUGGCCGUCGACAAGGCAGUUGCCAUGACUGCGCACAACAAGAAGGCCGUAUUGAAUGUCUGCUUCCCAUAUACCUCGCGGCACGAAAUCACAACGGCAGUUAUGAAGACGGUGGAGACAUACAGCACGCCCAUUCAUAACCUCACCACCCCCUCGAAACGCACUUUUUCCGAAUCACAUAUCACACAACACAUUAGGAAGCAAAUGCUGGAGGAGGACACGGAAGGUGGGGCGGAGCAGCCUGAGUCGCGGUCGGCGUCGCCAUCGUCCAAAGAACCGACUGGAGCCGACGACAGCAGAUCCUCGUCAACUUCAACCGUCAUCAACCCGUCAGAGAAGGACGAUGCGCAAAACGGGCCCACGUUCCUAGACCCGGAGUCAAUUAGCGCCCAGACACUGAACGAUAACAUGAUGACAGCCGACGCCCCACCUCUCGACUUGCUAGUCCGUACUUCAGGCGUCGAGCGACUGAGCGACUUUAUGCUCUGGCAAGCUCACGAGAACACCUCCAUUGUAUUCCUCAAGUGUCUCUGGCCCGAGUUCGACCUGUGGCAGUUCUUGCCUGUAUUAGUUGAGUGGCAGUGGCAGCAGAAGAAGCUGCAAGAGGAGCAACAGCGAGUUCGUGGGCGUUCCAAGGUAGAAUAGAGCUGUCGGAGUAAUGAUUUAUCAGAACCCCUCCACUGUCAAUGGUCGAAGUAGAUCUGAUUUCAGCGCGCAUCGACGAUACCCAAAAUAGAGCCUUUCAUCAGAGCUAGAAUAUAUCCCAAUUUUGC